GCCUGAAGUGAGACCGGGAGAGGAGCCUUCUCGUCACAGUAAACAAAAUGCAGGUGUUUCGUGUUCUUCCCGUUUUCUUUGCCGUGGUUCUGUUCGCCGGAAGUGUAAAUGGAGGAAGAGAAAAGAGAUACUUGUUUAUUAAUCCGGAAGCACCUAUUACACUCGGUUUUCUGUUGAACAUGCCCAUCUCCCUGGCCUUGCCCACCCUGGCUUCUGUGAACGGUCGCUCCCUGCAGUUCCUGACGCCAGCAGAAGGAGAGGAGAUUCCCGAUGACCUGCUUUGGGAGCCUGCUUACGAGGAGCAGUUGAGUCGGCUUGCUGCCUACUUUGCUCAUCUCGAGCUUCCUACUCUGUCAUGCCAAGAACGACUUGUCUGUGAACUGGCUGCUGAUCCGGACAGCUUUUCGCCAAUCGGAGAGAUCUUCAUGAAGGAACUGAGGCUGAACCACGGCCCUCUAAAGACAACAUCAGACUCUCUCAUGUGGCGCUACAUCUCGGCCGCAAGAGAAGGGUUUGGCUCCGUCAGUGGGCAGUGUGCAGAGGCCUUCCCCGUCUGCCCUCACGCCCCGAACAGGAUUCUUAACAUGGCUGUUCUGAAAGUGUGGAAGUAUAUUUCCGAAAGAUUGAAUCUUCAGUUGGUAUGAGGUGGUCUUUUCUAAAAUGGUGUUUUUGGGAUUCGUUGAAGUGAUUUUUUGGAUGUCUUUUGAUAUUUUCAUUCAGUUUAUUGAAUGGUUUAAGCAUUAUUUUGGGUGUAUAGAGUAACACUGGAUUUUUUUU